UCGACUGUCGAAUGCCAACUUUGAAUCCCGACGGAUCUCCUCCGUGUUUUUACGCGACCGCGUGUGUGCGUGUGGGUCUGCGGUGUGCCGCGUCCGAAUAGCUCGUUAUAUCUAAGGUAACCGUUACCGUUCGAAUGUUGAUCGGCGCGCGUGUUCACGAAUCCGCUCUAAAAUUUCUUUUCUCGUAUAAAUUAUUUUGUUUCUAGCCUUGAUCGAGAUUUUUUUUGUUUGUUUUGCGAUCGAUUUUUGUUGCCAAUAAAUCUGUGAUAAUUGUUAUUGGUGCAAUAACAGAAAUUGUAGGCUAGACCUGACCGGCGUCAUCACCAUGAGGAUUUUGCCGUUCGUUUUCCUCCUGCUCAUGGGAAUGACAUGGAGAUGUGUACAAUCGACAUGCGUAUUUGAAACAGAUUUUGGGCUGUCAAUCAAUUGUGCUCUAAAAAAAUCUGGGCUAUUUCGUGUGAGAAAUCUUGGAGGUCUUAAGGGAUACGUUGGACUUGGAAUACAAUUGGCCGACGAACUCGGUUUCAAGGAAUCGCUGUCGACUCUGGAACAAAACAGUAAACGUCGUUCAGUCAACGGAUUCCCAGUGCCGGGAUCGUUCGAACCACUGCAAGCCGUACCGCAAAAGAACAAUCACGCAACAAAUGCUGUAGACAAUCAGGACAGAUCGGCUUACGCCAAGAUGAACGGCAGGCCUGGUGUUGGCGUGGUCACGGUACCACCUUUCCGGCCGCUGAUGGCCGCGGCCAACAACAUGGUACGCAAUGUCAGACUGGCUGCUCAACAACAGCAGCAACAACAACAACAACAACAACACCAGCAGCAACACCAGCAGCAACAACAACAACAACAACAACAGCAGUUGUUGAAACCACUGCCCGUGCCGGCGUUCGCCGCCCUUCCCGAGUCCAUAGCCAAAGUCGCAGUGGAGCCACCUCAACCUUCGCCAUUUGCCGGUGGCCAACGGCAAUCGCCGAUGGCUCCCGUGGCGACGCCGGCCGUCAGCCGACUGACAGUUCCGCAGAUGAUGCAACCGGUCGCACCCGUCGCUUUGGUGCAAGCGCAACGUCAGACGAUACCAUCGCCGGUGUUAAUGUCUCCGCAACAGCAGCAGCAACAACAACAGCAGCUGUUAUCACCGGUGUUUGUGCCCCAGCAACAGCCGCAACAACAGCCGGCCGUUAUCAUGUCGCAGCAGCAGCCGACCGUGUUCGUGUCGCAGCAGCCGCAGCAGCAGCCGACGGUGGUCAUGCGACAGCAGCCGCAGCAGCAGCCAUCGGUUAUCGUUCCGCAGCAACAGCAACUUUCGUCGGUGUACUACCACAAUGCCAUGCAGCAAGCGGCCAACAGGCGUUUUAACGCAUUCGGUCAAAGUCCACAGAACUCAGUAGACGUACGACCGGUAAUCGUUAUGCCGACAGUGCCGGUGGUUGACAACCAAAAGAAGCAAAUCGAUAGUAAUUCACCUCUAUCGAAUGAAGUAGACCCGACGUCGAUGAUGUCGUUGUUCAAUGUAGCAGCUGCCAACAACGUGAGCGUAGAGCAGCUAGCCAUGGCUCUUCGACAACGACAGCAGCAGACGUUUUACCCGAAGGCCAUCGACGACGUAACCACACCCACGACGACCACGACUGUUACCGCGUUGCCUACCACGACUACCACUACGUCACUACCACCAUUUACCUUAGGAUACGUUCCGGACGAGCAACAGGCGGUCACCAAGAAAAUAGCUAUCAAACCGUACAAGUCGAAAUACAGGAGCAAUCACAAGGUUAUGAACGCACCUAAAGAAUACUAUCCCGUGGGAUACGACAAGAACUUCGAUGACAACUUUGUGUCUAAAGUAGACCUGCCCGACACGACCUUCAGCUGUGGUGAGCAAAAACAUUUUCCCGGAUUGUACGGAGACGAGGAUUUGGGCUGUAUGGUGUUCCACGUGUGCGCAUUCACCGAUGACGGUCUAACGCAAAAGAGCUUCCUGUGCCCAGAGUCGACACUAUUUGACCAGACCAUACUCAAGUGCAACUGGUGGUUCUAUGUUGAUUGUAAGUCGUCGAGGAAGUUGUAUGACAGCAACAUUCCGAUAUCGAAGAGCUAUCAGCUGAUGAAGGCACUGACGUUCUUCUCAUCGUACUCAGCCGGACCAUCUAUGGACGCUUCUGUGGCCGCAGCCACCGCUGCUGUUUCACGAGAUUCGUCAGACGAACCGAAAAAGUCCGAUCUCACUACCGAUUCAUCGCAAUUCGAGUCCGUCGCAAGUUCGUCAAUUUCAAACACCACCGCCUCCUCCGAAGUCCUCGACAACGUAUCGUUCCGGAGAUGAACGGACGCUUUAUCACCCUCCCUCACUCCCACGAACAAAAGCAGAAGGCUAAGUUUUUGUUUUAGCGCAUGCGUUUGUUAUGCAUAACAUACAUACGUGUAUAAUACAACGUCUUGCAAUUAUUUAAUAAUUUUUUUGUUUUAUUUAUUAUUUAAUUUAUGUAUAACGUUUAUACUGUUCAACUGUUGUAACAAAUAGGUUGUAGUUAUUUUAGAUGUUUACUAUUUUUGUGAUAUAAUAAUAUUAUUAAAAGUGAACAUUAUAUAAAUAGGUGAUAAUAUCAACAUUGUGAUAUUACCUGUAUAAUACGCAUAAUGUUUUCUUAGACGCUUCAAAUAGUUUUCAAUUUGCUCAUUUUUUUUAUAGUUUUCAAUUUGAAAUACGUAUCACAA